AAAUUGGAAACGCGUCGGCAGCCAGACGGACGGACGCUCGCUCGGCGCCGGCAGUCACUUGUUCCGCGGAAGGAGUCCAGGCAAGUCCUCCCACAGGCGGCCCUCGCACGACACACGCAAGAUGACAACCUACACUGACAAGGGACCCAAGCCCGAUGCCGGCAAAUUCCUGCACUUCGACCACUUAACAUUCUGGGUCGGAAACGCCAAGCAGGCCGCCAGCUACUACUGCACGCGGAUGGGCUUCGAGCCCUUCGCCUACAAGGGCUUGGAGACAGGCUCACGGGAAGUGUGCUGCCACGUCGUUAGACAGAAUAAGGUAGGUGUAUUCGUGAUUAUUAUGGCGUUUUCGCCCUCAACCCGGGGAACGAGGAAAAAUGGGCGCCAUUACCACGGAGACGGCGUCAAGGACAUCGCCUUUUCCGUAGAGGAUCUCGAUUCGAUCAUGAAGAUGGCGAAGGAGCGAGGAGCGAAGAUCGUGCGCGACAUCUGGGAGGAGGAAGACGCGGGAGGGAAGGUCCGCUUCGCCAAAGUCCAGACGUACGGAGACACCACACACACGUUCGUGGAGCGAGGAAGCUACAAGGGGCUCUUCCUUCCCGGCUUCCACGCUCCCCUCACCGGACCCGACCCACUGCUGACCAACUUACCCGACGUCCGCCUGGACUUCAUCGACCACAUCGUCGGCAACCAACCCAACCUGGAGAUGGAGAACACGGCCUCCUGGUACGAGAAGCACCUCAUGUUCCACAGGUUCUGGUCGGUGGAUGACACGCAGAUCCACACCGAGUACUCCGCCCUCCGCUCCAUCGUCAUGACCAACUGGGAGGAAACCAUCAAGAUGCCCAUCAACGAGCCAGCGCCGGGGAAGAGGAAGAGCCAAAUCCAAGAGUACGUCGACUACUACGGAGGCGCGGGAGUCCAGCACAUCGCGCUCAACACCAAGGACAUCAUCUCCGCGAUCCGCGACCUUAUCUGUUCCUUAUCCGACCUCCGCGCGCGGGGCAUGCACUUCCUGGUGGUGCCCAAGACGUACUACCAGCAGCUUCGUGAGCGCCUCAAGAGCUCGCCCACGAAGAUCGUGGAGGACCUCGACGCCAUCGAGGAGCUCAACAUCCUGGUCGACUUCGACGACAACGGCUACCUGCUGCAGAUCUUCACCAAGAACAUGCAGGACCGGCCGACGGUGUUCCUCGAGGUCAUCCAGCGCCACAACCACAGCGGCUUCGGCGCCGGGAACUUCAAGGCCUUGUUCGAGGCCAUCGAGCUGGACCAGGCGGCGCGCGGGAACCUCUAAGGAAACCUCUUUGGGCAAAGGAGGUUUUUUGAGAAAUUAUAAAAGCAAACUCUGGAAAUUAAGAAAAAUGUGUUUAAAGAAGAGAUGCCUUGGAGAAAUAUGAAGCCAGUUUCAUAAAACCAGAAAACUACCAAUAAACGACAUCGGGACUUGGAUUGUUUACCGUGAAAAGUCUCCACUCCUUAAGGACGGUUUUCCUACUGGGUUCGUGGGUUAUUUCAUCCCUACGGACACGCUGUUUUCUCUAUUCUCUUUCUUGAUCUAAUUAUUACUACUUUUAUUGUGUUCCUGCGUUUAUCCUUACCCUUUUUAUGUUUCUCUCUUUCUUUAAUUGGUUUGUAUAAAUUGGUUUGAAUACUGUUCUUGUGAUGUUUAUGCUUUAUUUGUUCAUAUAGAAAACAGGAGCUUUUUUACUAUGAUUUUCAUUUUUCUUGUUAUUCUGGGUGACGGAAUUGUUAGUUUGUAUAUAAUGUAAAAUGAUGUAAAAUCUUUUUAAAAAAUAAGCAAAAAUUGAAAGAUAAAAAUUGAUGGUCGAUUAACAAAGGUAAAACCAUUGCUAUUAGGUUAAUUGUUAUGAGAGUAUAUGGGCAUUAGGCUCAAACGUAGAUUAUUUUUGUAUUGUUUGAUAGAAAGAUAUGGAGGGAGUUUAUAAAAUCUGGUGAAAAUAAUAGAGAUUUAUGCGGUAU